GCGAUUACUCAGCCAUCGGCUACAGUAGCCCGGUCUGUUGCAGGUAAUCCACCGACACUUCCACCUCUGCGACCUACACAUCGACUCGUGUUGAACGUCUUUUCGGGGAGAGACCUUCACCGCGCACGCACAUCGAUCUCUUUCGAUCCGUUUGACUACCGCAGCCAGUUUCCGCAUAUCGAUCGUAUCGAUCGGUGUCGAGCUUCAAAUGGGAGAUGAACGGCGGUCGGUUUGAUUUCGAUGAUGGGGGCACGUACGUGGGAGGCUGGGAGGAGGGAAAGGCUCAUGGCCAUGGCGUGUGUUCGGGCCCUCAAGGCAAGGGCGAGUACGCCGGCGCUUGGCACUACGGCUUCGAAGUGUCUGGUGCCUAUUAUUGGCCCUCUGGGAAUACAUAUCAUGGCCAGUGGCAAAAUGGGAAGCGGCAUGGCUUGGGUGUGGAACAGAGAGGGCGAUGGACGUACAAGGGAGAGUGGACUCAAGGACAAAAGGGACGAUACGGUGUGCGAAAUUCGGCGACCUCCCAAGCUCGAUACCAAGGCACAUGGUCGGGUGGAUAUCACGACGGCUACGGCACGGAGAUCUACGUGGAUGGCGGCAACUACCAAGGCCAAUGGUUACGGGGCCUUCGCCAUGGCUAUGGAACCCGAAAAAGUGCGACAUACGGUCAGGCGGCGAAACUUCGGCCGAAGUCGCAAACGCAUGCCUCGUUGACGAGUCUGCGAAGCGGACGAGGUGACGAUGAUAACGACGAUGAGGAUCAAAAAGAAAAUCCAAGUGGACGAAGUGGAUUCGUUCUGAAGGCGAACAGUAGUGCUCCAGCGAGACGAAGGAGAUCUUUAUCCGAACGUUCAUUGGCUGUGAAGCGAACUUUGUUGUCGGGACUGCGGAUAAAGAAACAACAUUCAACCGGGGACAUUCAUCAACGAGUCACAAGUAUGACCGGGAGCCUUCGUUCAAGCGGCAGCACGAUGAGUUGCACAUCCGAAGACUCGCUUCAUCAUCAACACAAAUCCUUUGCGAGUACUGAGGAGGAAGCGAUAGACGAAGCAGUGACCGAGUUCUAUAGCGGUGAAUGGAAGAAUGAUGUUCGCAGCGGUUUCGGCGUAUGCGAACGAACCGACGGGUUACGGUAUCAGGGUGAAUGGGCCAAUAACGCCAAAAACGGCUACGGUGUGACGACGUUGAAAGAUGGAACUCGUGAAGAGGGAAAGUACAAGAACAACGUGCUGGUGGUGUCGAGUCGACGGAAAGGUAUGCUGUUCGUACGCAGCAAUAAACUCAAGGAGAGGGUGGAGGCAGCUGUCGAGACAGCGACCCGAGCUGCAAGCAUAGCCCAGCAGAAGGCGGACAUUGCAAUUUCGCGAACAUCAACGGCAAAAGAACGUGCCGAACAGGCAAUGUUCGUUGCUAAACAGGCCCGUGACGAUGCCGAUAUGGCUAGAAUGGAGGCGGAACGUUUCGAUCCAAAUUUCAAGCCACAAGAAAUGUCAGGCCAAGAGCGUCGACGUCAUUACGGUGAGAAUCCGGGCGGUGAUUCGUUUGCCACCGACAUCUCCGACCCACAUUCCUCCUACUCACGACAUUUGUCUCAAACGCAUAGCAAGAAUCCGUCCUUCGAACAGAAUCUGUCUGUCGACAUAGCGGAUCCAUCGUACCUCACCCCCAUGGGCCCUCAAGUAGGUCAGAUGGGCAUGGGUACGACCUCGGCGCAAAUGUCUCCGCUCAUGGGCAACCAUGUCGGCUCACAACAGCCCUCCCAAAUGGUCAAUCAUGUGAACUUCAACUUACAACAACCUAGUAUGCCGCCGAUGCAAACGAUGCAAAAUAUGCAAACUAUGCAGUCUGGUCCUUACAUUCACAUGCAGCAGGAGGAUGUAAUGCCUGAAAAUUACGCAGCGCCUAUGCAGUUUGAGGAUGCAUCAAACGUCGGUAUGCUCCAAGAUGUCGCUGAAGUGGCCGAGCCUCCGGAGCCUCCUCAACCGCUGAAGACGAUGACGACGACGACGCAUGCUUCUACGCUGAAUCCAUCACUCAUGAACAACCCUCAGAGCUCGUCCAGAUUCUCGCUUAGUGAUGAUCACUUCGACCAGUAUGUGAUGGCGGGCACCAGCGAGCAGCCGCGACUUCGACGAAAUCGACCAUCGUUAAUGAGGCAGAGCGAUGUGAACGACGCCAAUGCAAUGUUGAAUCGACGAUCAACACUCGCGUCCGCGCGCGACCGUCGAGCAGAACCCGUUCAAGAUUCGGGUGAGAAUCUGGGAAGUCUGCCAAAUCUUGCAGAACUGGAGAAUAGCGGGUUGCGUCUUCGCCGUGAGGACGCUGCUCGUCUAGCGUCCCAGCGUCGUCAAGAGAGACUUCGCGAUCAAGAGGAUCAAGCUCUUCUUAGGGCAAAUCCACUUCGAUACUUGUUUCACCCUGCCUUCAAGGCGUGGCUGGUCCGUUGGAAGGUGCCGAUCUUCCUCGCAGCUGCUAACCUCACAUUACUCUUUCUCUUCUACAACCUGCUCACUUACGAUAGGAGACGUCGUUAGUCGUUAUCAGAGACUGCUGCCAUGGUGUCUACAGGUCCUUUGUCCCUUCCCCUCGAAUGUGUUUGUUCACUAUACAACAUUACGUCACAAUGACGUCGCCUAGUCCAAUUCUCGUCCCCGCGUACGUCUUCUUUCGCAGCGACGUCACCGUCGACGAUCGCGGCUCCGCCUCUUUCAGGGAAACCCCAGUCUAAAGCUCCUUAUGCACGUCAUUCCCUCUCACUUUUGCUCUGCUCCAAAUAUUCUGUAACUAACUGAGAAGGUGUACACAUUCCCACACGCUCUGCCCCGGGAGUACGUGAGAAUCAACGCUGCACCUUGUGAGUUCGCCCGGGCGACCGCCGCCUCCCUCGGGCUUCUCUCGACGGGUGCAUGUCCUUUCGGUUCAUCGUGAUUCUGUCGCACACCGUAGCACACUGCGUGCACAUCCCGGUUCGUAGAAGCGGCGGCCGGCCCCCGUCCGAACUCGUCCGCUCAGCCGCGGCGCCGCCGCCUUCGUCGCAACGAAACCGUAGUGUCUAUCGAAGUCAGCCAACCGGUGACACUCACAUUCAGCUCAGUCACAGGGUGUCUGAGUGCUACGAACAGAACCUCGAAUCUGUCGGGACAUUAGAUCCAUUCGCUCACUGUCGUUACUCUACCGCAUGUUCUAUUUUGCAAAAUACGUCUGCUGCGAUCACCUCAUGGUCACAUCGGCAGGCAGCGCAUCAUCCCACACAUAUUUAUUUGUAAUGUUGUCUAUUGAACCACCUGUAAAUUGAGUCAGUUAGUUGGAGUUUCGAUGGAUUUAUUUAGAAGCCUACUGUCGAGGAUGUUGUCCUUGCAUCUGCCCGCAUCGAACGAGUUCGCGCGGUGUCGCGUCCCAUUCCGCAAGCGAGAAACCUCUGACACGACACCUCGCGACGCUCUAGCGAAAAAUUGUCGUUUGCUAGAGUUUACUGUAUGUUUCUGCAACAAUUAAUAUUAUGCAUCGAGGCCUUAUAAGAGAGUAUCAAUCGUUUAUUGCAUUGACUUUCCCGGAUAAAUGUUCUUAUGAGUUAAUUGUUAUUUCUUGUUGUUUUCAGUGGCAUCGUAUUUGUCUGAUGCUACACCAGCUGAAGGAGGGUUGAUAUGUUUAUCUUUUUCUUUUUUCAUUGCUGAUUGUCGUGGCUUCUUCCCACGUUUCAUGAAAUAGGUUGUCGGGUAAUUUUGUACCUUAGUUUCCAAGCUCAUAAAGGUGUAGAGAUUAGCAAUUAUUGGU